UUUUCUGCGUCUCCUUCACUCCAUUUAUUUCAAUUUCUCGGCUUCGUGUUUUUCAGUACUCAAAUUCAACUUCUCACUCUAACCAGUAGAGAGAGAGAUAUGGUGGGGAGGUCAAAAAUGGAGGAUGAGAAGAAUGCGCCAUUGUUGGAGCUUCGUUGUGACGGAGAAGAAGCGGCGACGGGCGGCGGAAUCCGGUGGUGGAACAGACUCAUCGACGUCGAGGAGGCCAAGACGCAAAUCGUGUUUUCGCUGCCGAUGAUUGUUACCAAUACUUCCUAUUACUUAAUCCCUCUGGUUUCCGCCAUGUUCGCCGGUCAUCUUGGUGACCUCGAGCUCGCCGGUGCAACUCUCGGCAACUCUUGGGCCACCGUCUCUGGCUUUGCUUUUAUGAUAGGACUUAGCGGAGCACUCGAGACACUUUGUGGGCAAGCAUUUGGUGCCAAACAAUAUGGAAAGCUGGGGUUGUAUCUGCAAGCCUCUUGCAUUGUGUCUCUGUUUUUUCUUGUUAUUGUAUGUGUCGUAUGGUACUACACUGAGCACAUCCUGAUCUUACUCCAUCAAGAUCCUGCCAUUUCGAAAGUCGCCGCCACAUAUGUUAAGUUUUUGAUUCCAGGAGUAUUUGCAUAUGGCUUUCUGCAAAACCUCAUGAGGUUUCUUCAAACACAGUCAAUUGUUAAGCCCUUGGUUGUCUUCUCAGUUGUGCCAAUGAUCAUCCACAUUGGUGUAGUAUAUGUUUUGGUGAAUUGUACAAGUCUUGGCAUCAGGGGACCUGCCUUGGCAAGUUCCAUUUCCUUGUGGAUAUCUUGUCUUAUGUUGGGGGCAUAUAUGUUUAAGACAAACAAGUUUGAGCUAACAUGGGAAGGACUUUCAUCCGAAUCCUUAAACUACUUUCUCACGACGCUCAAACUAGCGAUACCGUCUGCAGCAAUGGUUUGUUUGGAGUACUGGGCUUUUGAAAUUUUGGUGUUCUUAGCUGGACUGAUGCCAGACUCAGAAAUAACAACCUCACUACUUGCAAUGUGUGAUAAUACAGAAUGUAUCGCCUUCACGCUCACGUAUGGCCUCGGUGCUGCUACAAGCAUGAGGGUGUCGAACGAGCUUGGAGCAGGCAAUACUAGGAAAGCUAAGAAAGCCAUGUUAGUGACUCUAGAAAUAUCUCUCCUCCUCGUACUUGUGGUUCUUCUAGCAGUAGGUUUUGGUCACAAUGUCUGGUCUAGCUUCUUCAGUAAUAGUCCGACGAUCACGGAGGAAUUUGGUUCAAUGGUCCCUUUUCUUCUGAUUUCGAUACUCUUGGAAUCGGUACAAGGAGUGGUAUCAGGUGCGGCGAGAGGCUGUGGUUGGCAGCAUUUGGCUACUUAUAUAAACCUCCCAACAUUCUACAUGGUCGGCCUCACGACAUCAGUCGUUCUCGGUUUCAAGUUCAAACUAUACGCCAAGGGCUUAUGGAUUGGCUUAACUUGUGGCCUUGCCUGCCAAACUGUUUGCCUUCUGUUGCUAACAUUUAGAGGAAAUUGGAAAGGACUAGAUGUUACAAAUAAUGGAGAGAAACAAAAGCAGCUGCUUGUCUAGCUUAGCUAACAUUCCAAGGCAACAGCAUAACCAUUUGCUGAAAACUAACGUAACCAAGGCCCUGGAAAAGCAGUUUUGUUCGGUGUAACCGGUUCGUGGAUCCGAGUUCGAAUAGCGACUUUGUCCCGACAGGGUCUCGGAUUUUGACAGUAGCCUUAGUGUCUAGUGAAGAAUGUUGAUCUGAGUGAAUUUUGUAGCUUGGUCUUUCAGAAGUAAUGUAGUGUAUGAAUGGGAGGAACUGUGGUAAUUUUAAUAUUCCAUUCCAACUUAUGAUGGUUUCUUUGUCUUGUUUUGAAAGGUAUAUUUGUAUAGUGAAAGGAUAUUUGUAGUAACAAACCUAUUUAGUAGUUACAACU